CCGCCGCCACUGCCGCGCACGAGUUCCUGGCCAUCGACGCGCGGUUCCCCACCGACGACAACCUCCGCCGCGACCUGCUCGACAUCAAGCGCCGCCUCAAGGGGCUCGCGCGGCGGAGGCGGUCGACGCCCAGGACCACCCCGUCGUGAUGCGCCUUGUGCGCCUCUUCCCCCUCCUCGACCUCGCGCCCGAGGGCCUCCAGGUCUAUGUCGCCUACCUCAGGCUUUGUUCGGUUAGCCCCUCCCCCGCCGGGAUUGGCGUCCAAUCCCCGCCGAACCCUGUGGUUUCAUCCCGACCGGGAUUCGACCCCAACAUACUUUAUGAACGUGUUCGGUUAAACCCGGCUGGGCCUACACCCUCGUCCAAUCCCUCUCAAACCCCGUGGAACUACCCGGGAUAAAAUCCUGUCCACUCUACCCGUGGAACCAAUCCCUCCCGAGCGACGAAACGGUACGCCAGAAAACAAUCGAGUCCCCGAGCUCUCUCUCUCUCUCCUGCGAUUCAGCGGCGGCCGCGGCCGCGGCGGCGGCGCGGCCAUCCGGAGGCGACGAUGGCGGCAUACUUCUCCACUCCUUCCUCCUCUCCCAUCCGGGAUUCAUGUGGACGGAGAAUAGAGGGGUUUGGGUGACAAGUCGGGGAUCACCCAAUCCCUAGGAGGUUAGAAACCACUCGUGGAAUCGCCCCACUUCAACCGAACAAAGCCUCAAGAAGGUCGUUGCCCUCCGCUCCCGCGCAGACUUCGAGCACCUCACGGACCUAAUCUUUGCAACCCAGCCUACCUCGGAGCGCCCUGAUUUCGUUGGCUGCCUUACCCGUCUCUUCAAGGAUAUUGUGCUCGCCGUUGAGGAGAAUGACGCGGUGCUUCGUGAGCUACGGGGUGAGGAUGGUGUCGCCUACGCCAUCAUCGAGCUGCAGGAGGAAUGCGACUCGAGGGGCACCCAGAUCCUUCGUCGUUAUGCUGAUUACCGGAAGCUUGCAGUCUUUCGUCAAAAUGGUUCAGUUCCCUAACUUUGUGGUUAACGGAGCAAGGUCUUCUAUCAUUGUUUAACAUUGCCAAAUGCAACAACUAAGCUCUCAGAUUUGAAAUGUCAAUAGAUUCAAGGAACUCUGUCAGGAGUUAUAUGAAGAGAAUGGGAUGUACAAGUUCAAGGAAAACUCAAUAUGGUCAAUGCUAAUUUGUACCAAAUUUCGAUCACUAAAAUUUUGCUGGAACCACGUUUAACCUGUACAUGAUUCACGCAUCUAUCAACACCGGUUGACUGAUAACAUAGUGCAUCCUUUUGUCCUCCAAAUCAUAUAGGAGGCAGUCAAGUUUCAUCUUCCAAUUUCUGUGAUAUUUGAACCUAUUAGGAUGCGUGCAUUUACUUUCAACACAAAUAUGUAUUCAGUUUGAUUGUGCACUUCAUUUGAUAGGUGGAUCAAUAUUACUAGCUGAAACUCAUAAAAACCCAUAAACAUCUUUCUUAUAAAAUAGAAGAUGGAUUUGAAUUGUCAUUUAUGCAGUAGCUCAUGAUGACUACUUCAUUUGAUAUUCUCUCUCUGACUCAUGUUUUCCCCUGAAAUAGCAUGAUGCCUAUAGUAUUCAGAUAUUCUCCAUUGCUAUAGUUAUUUGAAUUUCAGCUCUACUUUGCUACUUCGUUAAUAGGUUGAAGCUAUAGGUCAGUCAACCACAUUGUUGAAGCACGAGUGCUCAGUGUCAUCUCCACCGGUUGAGUGGCAAUGUUGAGGUGCUGCUAAUAUUGCCGCCGCUGAAAAUGGCGGUGCUACUAUGAGGGAGCAUGCACCAUCCAUUAUAUUUAUGGAUGAAAUAGACUCUAUUGGAUCUGCUACGAUGGAGUCAGGAUCUGGCAACGGUGAUAGUGAGGUUCAACGUACUAUGCUUAAGCUUCUGAACCAACUUGAUGCUUUUGAAGCAUCGAACAAAAUUAAGGUUCUUAUGGCAACGAAUAGGAUAGACAUAUUGGACCAAGCUCUUCUGAGGCCUGGUCGUAUUGAUAGGAAGAUCGAAUUUCCAAAUCCUAAUGCAGAUUCCCGUGAUGAUAUUUUGAAGAUUCAUUCGAGGAAAAUGAACUUGAUGCCUGGCAUUGAUCUGAAAAAAAUUGCUGAGAAGAUGAACGGAGCAUCAGGAGCAGAGCUAAAGGGACGCCUGAAUGGCGUGCAAAAACCAUCCCAAUAUUCUACCACAUAGCCAUCUGAUCCAUGCCUAGUAAAUAGGCAACCAUGGUGGCCCAUAUCCUGUUGGAAUAUCGACAUUCAAAGAGCAUAUGAGAAGCAAUCUAGGAAGCGGCUUUGCAGAGCUAGCAUAAAGGUUGGCGAGGCUAUUCUCUUAUCACAAGUUGACCCGACAUCCAAAACCAUUCCAAAGGGCACACCGUGCAAACAUACUACAUUUAGGAGGCGCCCAAUCCUCUGGGUCUACCUGAGAUGAUGUGUACUUUACACAUAUAUCGAGCAUGUAAAUAGAAGUUUCUAGCCUCUAAAACAGUGGAAUAGCUUCACUUGUGGCAUAUUCUUGUCCGAUCUUAGUAUGAUGGUUACAUACUACAUUAUGACGGGCUUUGGGCCCAAAUCA